AUGACUGCUGCGCGUCUGUCACCAGCAGCGAACCUGCUUCGCAACUCCAGACUCUUCGCCAUUCCUGCUGCUGUAUCUCUGCCUGCGGUAGAACCUUCAUCAGAACCGAUAUCAUACUCUGAUUCUGCCACCACUCCAUACCCGACUCGAGCUGCCCUUGAAACUCCAUUGACAUCCUUAAAUCAGGGAGAUUGGGGUUUGAAAAGGCCGCUACCGAUCAAAACUACUACAAAGUCCAGCACGCCUCUUGUGCGGUUCCAAAGAGGAAUCGACACCCCCGAACACGUUGUCGACUUUGAAUCCGCAGCAGAUCAUGUCCUCACUUUGCGCAAGUACCAGGAGCUAAAUCUUAGAGUGGUCUUGCCUGCGCCGCGGGAUAGGAAGUCAACAUUGAAUCCACAACGAACAAGUGCCUUCGACCCGGAAGUAGAUCAUACUACCGACCAGCCUCCCCCGGUACUCAACGGAAAUGCGUCCACGUCGUGGCUAGAUGAGAGUGUAUCAGAACGUGCAAAGAAGAUGCCGCAGCAUCUAAAAGAUGCGCUUGAGAAGAUUAUAAAAGAAAGAGCAGAUGCAACAAAUCCUGGGGUUGAAGUACUUCCAACACAGGCGCAACCUUCUACCUCUGCAGCUCCGCAGUCUAUGCAAACUGCUCGCAGGUGGCGCUACUCUGGACCGUAUUUAGCAGGACUGAACGGGCUGGAAUUCGAUGGAUUUUUGAAAGGCAUCACCAGAGAGAAGAAAGCUGCGUUUAGGGAGUUGGUCAAGAGCCAUUUGGCCGAGCAGCGAGCACAGGAUCAGCGGUUGAAAGCUCUUGAAGAAGGUCAGGCUGACGCAGCUCCUGAGCCUCCGUCAGAGAUCACGGACCAGGAUGUCACAGCGCACCUCCGAUAUCUACGAUCAGAACCCGGCAAAUUUGGUCCCCUGAUUGCAGAGUUCUUUGAUCUAGCUGAUGGUCCCAAGCCCUCAUCGGACACAACUGAUCCAUGGUCGUAUGGCCGUGACACCGUAUCGGCGGAUCUCUACAAAGAAUCUGGACCACCCCGCACGCACCCAUCUGCAGGGCUAGCCUACAUUAAGACAGAAGUGUUCGCGAGCAACGACGCUGUCACUGGUCCCAGAGGAACGCGCGCACCCGUCGCAGCUCGCCUUCUUCGAUCAAUCCAAUCUACCCACAACAAGCAUAUCCCCUUUGUGGGCGUGGCUGGAUUUGUUGUUCCGCAACCCACAAACCCAGGCAUUUCGGAGCAGAACUGGAAGUGGGCACCGGUCAAAGAUGGACCUAAACUAGUGGUGACUCCAACCGCGGCCAACAUCUCGCAGGCCGGCAAAGUCGAGAUCCAAACAAGGAUGCAGCCUGACUGGGUCGUGGAAGAUGAUGUACCCGUCAAUGUCGCCGACAGACGGAACCCAAAAAAUACGUCGGCUCCCAUGAGAACCCUGUCCUCUCAACUCCCAACCUUGACCAGCUUUGGCCGCAAAGAGCUCCCUGUUAGACGACCGCGGCCAGCACCAGAACCUAGUCAGAAUAUUGAUGAAGAGAUAGGUUUGUUGUUGCGGGCGAACUCAAAAUACAAGCCGAACAAGCUUACUUAG